UAUUUCGCUUCUUCGUGGUACUAGAUGUUUUUUGCAACUUCAAUCUUGCAUGUGCACCUCAUGCAAUGGGAGAAUGAAAGUUCCGUUCAAGAUGCUGUCAACAGAUGCAAUGUAAUAUGGAAAUCUAUUGAAUCAGAAAAAAGACAGCAAUGCCUUGGUUUGCUAUUUUACAACGAGCUGUUGCAUGUAUUUUAUCUACUCCGGAUAUGCGACUACAAGAAUGCUGCUCAACAUGUUGACAAAUUGGAUGCUGCCAUGAAGUGUGAUCUACAGAGGACACAACAGAUCAAGGAACUGACUAAGGAGCUUGAUGCAGUCAAUGGAAGUCUUUCUCGUUCUGAUUUGAAUUACAGAGACAGAUCUUCUCUCUCUGGAAGACAAGCUCACCUUGAGGAGCAACUUAAUAACUUAACAGGAAAUGGCAAAGAAUUUUCUGAACCGAUAUACUUUGGAAGUGUGAGACGGACUUGGGAAGACAAGCUUGAGUUGGCACCACCUCCUAUUGAUGGAGAAUGGCUACCUAAAGGUGCUAUUUAUGCGCUGGUAGACCUUACAGUAGUUGUUUUUAACCGUCCAAAAGGACUUUUUAAGGAGUGUGUAAAGAGGAUUCAGUCUGGCCUGCAAACUAUUCAAGAGGAGCUAGAAAAGCUUGGGAUUAGUGAUGGAGUGAGAGAAGUAGAUUUGCAACACUCUGCCAUUUGGAUUUCUAGUGUCUAUUUGAUGCUCCGAAUGCACUUCCUUGAAAACAAAGUAGCAGUUGAUCUUACACGUUCUGAAUUUGUUGAAGCGCAAGAGGCAUUGAUGCAGAUGAGAAAUUGGUAUAUUCGCUUUCCAACAAUUUUACAAGUUUGUGAGUGUGUUAUUGAAAUGCUUAGAGGACAGUAUGCACAUUGUGUCGGCUGCUAUGAUGAAGCAAUUUGUCAUUUCCUUGAAGCUUCAAGGCUAAGUGAGAACAAAUCAAUGCAAGCCAUGUGUUGUGUUUAUGCAGCAAUCUCUUACAUCUGCAUGGGAGAUGCUGAAUCCUCAGCAAAGGCCCUUGAUAUGAUUGGACCAGUUUUAGGAGUGAUGGAUUCUUUCACCGGAGUGCGAGAGAAAACGAGUGUCCUUCUUGCUCAUGGGUUUCUGCUGAUGAGGCAGCAAAAUCUACAAGAAGCAAGAAAUCGACUUGCGUUUGGCUUGCAGACAACACAUAAUACUUUGGGAAAUUUGCAACUUGUUUCACAAUAUUUGACUGUUUUGGGGAAUUUAGCACUUGCCCUCACUGACACUGUACAAGCUAGGGAGAUUUUGAGGUCCUCUCUUACAUUAGCGAAGAAGCUUAAUGAUAUUCCAACUCAGAUCUGGGUACUAUCGAAUUUGACAGCUCUAUACCAGCAACUGGGUGAGAAAGGGAAUGAAGUGGAGAAUCUUGAUUACCAAACAAAGAAAGUAGAAGAUCUACAAAAAAGAAUUGCUGAUGCUUGUUCGUCCUGUCACCACAUUGAACUGAUUGCCAAAGUAAAAACUGAAGCCCAUCAGCUGAGCGAGAUUGAUAUUAAACGAGCAAUAUCAGGCCCUUCUAUGAGAGUUGAUCUGGAUAUUCCUGAAUCCAUUGGUCUGUCAGCAACUUCUCCUAUGUCGUCAUCAACAAGGCUUAUGGAUUUUGAUAUGGGAAGACUGAGAAAGAGAAAAUCGUAGCUUUUUUUUACCUGUAAAUUUGUACGUCUUACUUCAAGUGUUAACUAAAGAAAGAGACGAGUGUGUGCUUCGUUUCUUUCCUUCUCUUUUCCUCCUCCAGGGAUGUGUGCAGUGAUACACUAAAACGUCUGGCCUUUGGGGAUGUCCAAUUGUGAUAGUUUACCUUUCUUUAUUGUAUACAGUUCAUAGUUUCUCAAGUUCAAUCUUUUUGUCUGGUU